UUUUUAUCUAUCUCAGUGGCAGCAACAUGAUGUCAAUUACAACAAUUUUAAUUUUGUUCACUGCAUUCAUCGCUAUCAGCGGGGAGAUAAUAGACCUGCGUUCCGGUAUAAAUCGAUCCAGGCCUCGUGUUUCCUAUCUUGACGAAUUGUUUCACCUGAAGUAUACCGUCCCCAAAUAUGAUAAACUCUACUCGAUGCGGCCAUUACAUACUAGUUUUGAUGAAUUUCAAACAUCACCAACGGCCGAUACUACCAACAAGCGCAUCGUCAGCCGACAAGAAAUUCUAAGGAUACGACGACAAGCUCUAGUUAAAACCAGAGGUACAGAUGGUGGAUCAGCUGGUUCAAUUAUGCCACUCCGCGGUCUUUCAUUUAAUAUACAUCGUGGCGGCAUACAACCUAUAACCACACUCAAGAUAAUUGCUUGGAUGCAUCGACAGCUGGGAAUCGAAUUGAUGAAACGGAUCCGGAACGGUGACGUACCUAGAGAAUUUGUCCUGGCUAGGCCUGAUAUUAAUAUUGAAAGAUUUUGAUAUGAAGGAUUACCAAAAAAUAUUUUUUUUAAAUAAAAAAGUAACCUAAACUUUAGUUUAAUGAUUACUAAUAAAAUUAUUAUGAGGUUACUAUUCUUACUUUUGUAUAUACUAUCAUUAUUAUACUUAUAUUACUACUGCAAUUAUUUACUUAUUUA